CAGUGCUGUUAUGUCCUGGGUACAAGUUGCAGUCAGCCGAUCCAGUGAGGAUAUAUUUGAUGAAGAUGCAGAUGAGAUGUAUCUACUACGGAAAGAAUGGAACAGCACCAUGAAAAGAAGAUUGAAGGAAGGCUAUAGGGAUGGAAUUGAAGCUGGGAAAGAACUUGCGCUCCAGGAAGGCUUUAAUCAAGGUUACAGACAUGGUGCUGAGCUGAUGGUUACAUGUGGCCAGUUCAGAGGAACCCUGAAUGCUCUCUUAUCCUGGUGUCAUUUUAAUGGACAUGAUUCUGCUUUAAGUAAGAUAAAUAAUCUUCUUGAUGUGGUUGGAAAGCAUGAAGAAGAUGUGCUUAAGUAUCUGAAUUCUAUGGAACAACAGCCACAUCUCGGACACAUUUUGGAUUCUGUUCAGGACAUGGACCUUAAUCACACAGCUCCAGCUGGGACAGGGUACAAUGAAGUUAAAGCUGGAAGUCACGAAGACGUUGAUAACUCUGGUGAAAGCAUUUGUAGAAAUAAUGAUGAGGUUGGUUCCUUGCAGUCUAAGUGCAGCAAGGCAAAACUCUGCACAGAUCCUGAAAGGUCAACCCUUGCUUGGGUUAAAAAGCAGACUAUUUGGCUAGUAGAGCAACUGGGCUUAUCACUGGAUAUACUACAUCAUGUCCAGCGACUGGAACAUUAGUUUUUCUG